AUGGCUGUGCUGAGCAUCGCCAACCUCGCUCUCUUAGGCGUUGGUUACGUCGUCUUGAGUUUUGCUUAUCAGAUUGUCAAGUAUCGCUUCUUUCACCCUCUCGCCAAAUUCCCCGGCAACUUCUGGGGCAGUGUGACGAGGCUAUGGAUCACCUAUCACAACGUGAAGGCUGAUGAAUGCGCGACGUUUCAGAAGCUUCACCAACAGCAUGGACCCGUUAUCAGGAUUACACCGACGAUGCUGCUCGUGAGUGAUGCGACAAAGCUCCCUCUGAUAUACAGUCGCGGUGCGAGCAAGUCCAAGCAUUACAUCACGGGGAGCUUUGGAAAGGAGGAGUCCCUGUUCAACAUGCAAGAUUCUGCCGUACAUGCCAAGUACCGCAAAAUCGCCGCGUCUCCCUACAGCUUCAGCAACAUCAAAAGGAUGGAGCCAUUGAUCGACCUCAACAUCCAAGCCUGGAUGGACAAGCUGCAGGAAAAGUUUGCCUCGACACAAGAGCCGUUCGACUUUGCGCCGUGGGCCGUGUACAUGGCGUAUGACAUUAUUUCAGAGGUCGGCUUUGGUGCCCCGUUUGGCUUUGUCAAGGCUGGCAAGGAUGUCGAGGGCCUGAUCAAGGGAUUCCAUGAUGGUCUUACACCUUUCGGUAUCAUGGCGAGGCUGUAUCCUUUUACCAAUUGGGUCAAGGGCACGUUUUUGGGCAAGUACAUGGUUGCAAGUCCCGAGCAGGAUUCAGGUAUUGGAACCUUGAUGCGGUUCCGAGACCGUUUAAUCCAGCAGCGGUUCAAGGACAUUGAAAACGGCACCACCAGUGGCCGCAUUGACCUGCUCCAAACGUUCAUCGACGCGAGAGACGAAAAGGGUGAGCCCCUGGACAUCAACUACAUCAAGGCCGAAAUUUUGCUUGUCCUCCUUGCUGGAGCAGACACUACUGGAACCGCAUUCCAGGCCAUGAUGGUGCACAUCUUGAGCAACCCUUCCGUGUACGACAAGCUCCUGGGUGAGCUUGACGAGGCAACCCGCACCAACAAACUAUCCGCCAUGCCCCAGUACGAAGAAGUCAUGGCUCACUGUCCCUAUUACAUCGCCUGCGUCAAAGAGAGCAUGCGUCUGAACCCCUCAGCACCAAACAUCUUUCCCCGUCUUGCGCCAAAGGGGGGGCUAGAACUAUACGGCGAGUUUAUCCCUGAGGGCACGGAACUAACUUGCAACCCAUGGCUUGUGCAUCGCGACCCCAACAUCUACGGCGAAGAUGCCCAAGUGUUUAGGCCUGAACGGUGGCUUGAUGAGGACAAGGCCAAGAUCUUCAACAAGUACAGCAUGGGAUUCGGGUAUGGAGCGCGUGUUUGCCUCGGGCAAGAUAUUGCGCGGAUGGAGCUGUACAAGGCACCACUGCAGUUCUUCAGGACGUUCAAAGUGGAGCUGGCAGAUGAGAAGAAGCCAGGCACAUAUGUUGUAAAGGGGGGUGUGAGCUAUUUCGAGGACAUGUACAUUAAGAUCCAGAGGCGGGGAGAAUCAGGUCGGGCGGCUUGA